CAGUUAAGUGAAAGAGACAUGUGGAGUGAUGAUUUACUAAGAGACAAAUGUGACAAUGAGAAUGAAGAGCUUCCUGGGCCAUCUGACUCUCUUACUUCUCAGAUCUCUGAUGUGCAAAUUGUUUCUGACAUGGAACUAACGGAACUGGCUCUGAUUCAGCCUUUAGAACCAAGUAUUAAUGGGAAAUCAAUCAUCCAGGAUUCAUUUAAAAUGCUUCAGAAAACAGAAUUCGGAAUUUUUCAGGAAUUUAUGUCUUUAGAAUUUAAGACUAUAUCUGAUGCAUGCAGCUGUGGGAGUAAAUUCAGCAACAGAGAGAAAAACAGAUAUCGAGAUAUUCUUCCAUAUGAUUCAACACGUGUACCUCUUGGAGAAAACAAGGACUACAUCAAUGCUAGUUAUAUUAGAAUAAUCAAUUCUGAAGAAGAAUAUUUUUAUAUUGCUACUCAAGGUCCAUUGCCAGGCACAAUGGAUGACUUUUGGCAAAUGGUUGUAGAAAAUAACUCUGAUGUUAUUGUAAUGAUAACCAGAGAGCUUGAAGGUGGAAUUGUCAAAUGUCACCAUUACUGGCCCAUUUCUGAAAGCAAGCCUUUGGAAUUGAGUAGUUGUCGUAUUUCCCUGAAGAAGUACCAGAUGUGUCAAGAUUUUGUCAUCCGAAUAUUUCAAGUUGAGAGAAAGUCUACGGGAACUAGUCAUCUUGUAAAACAAUUGCAAUUCACCAACUGGCCAGACCAUGGCACUCCUGCCUCAGUAGAAGACUUCAUCAAGUAUACUCGCUACGUGAGGAAGAGCCAUCACACAGGACCCCUGGUUGUUCACUGCAGUGCUGGCGUGGGCAGGACUGGGGUAUUCUUAUGUGUGGAUGUUGUAUUCUGUGCCAUUGAAAAGAACUUUACAUUCAAUAUCCUGAAUAUAGUGUCCCAAAUGAGACAACAACGACCUGGCAUGAUUCAAACAAAGGAGCAGUAUCACUUUUGUUAUAAAGUUGUGCUUGAAGUUUUUAAGAAGCUUAUGCCUCUCUUAGAAUUGACAGAAUUCACAUGAAAUUCC